CCUACUCGAUUUUCAUUUCUUCAGUUUCCUGUGUUGUCUGGCCUUGCAUGCACGGAGUGGUGCGGGGACCGCUCGGCAAUCUUGUGACGUGUUUUUCCACAUCAACAUCAUGGUAUACUACUUUGAACUAAACCGGCGCCUGGAACUUUGAAGAGUGAUAAUUUCCCAGUCUCAUAUGGCAGAAUGUAGCUGAAGGCAGUUUAUUUUCGUUCUUAGCUAACACAGAGAAUCGUGCAACCAGAAACUGUACGGACACAUUGUACACGAGGUUACUUCCUCGAUCUUUUCAUUCGGUCGUCAAUGCUCCGACGUCAAAUUAUCGCUUAAACAUCGCCUCAAGAUGUGGCUGCCUUUCCGUUUUGGCUCAAGUUUAGUCACAAUUUCGAAAGGUGAAAUGAUUGAAGUCUUCGGGGACGAAAAACACCCAACAGGAGAUCUCGUGUUAACUGGCUGAUCAAUCAUUUUUUUCCCGAUGGUUUUUCGCGCGAGACAUUUUUGAUUGAAUUUUCGGCUGUGAAAAUAGUUCAAUUUUCAAAGAUUUUAACGGUUGAUCGCCGUUUUAAGAAGCUAACUUGUUUUUUAAUCCUCGACCCAUGCAAUUUCUUAUUCAUUACUUUCUUUUUCACUUUCGCUGUAAUGCAACAAACAUCGUUCAUUCUACAGUCACAUGGAGGGAGCAUGAAUGGACGGAUUCUAACAAGACUCCUCAACCUACAUAGCGGUAAAUAUCAUGCUAAUUUGCGGCGGUAACCAGGCAGAACUUUCUUUGAUUACAAGGCAUUUGUUAUUCUUAUUUUCUGGUGUUUCCUAUUUUCUUUUGAUCAAAAUUAAACGACGUUUUUCAAGAUCUGAGGGUGGCAUAUGCGAAGAACAAGAUCGCAUGUGUUUUUCGCUGCCAAAAUUAAAUGUUACACAAUCUGCGGGGGCGUCCCUGCGUGGCGCGAAAUAGUCAGGGGCGAAGCUUGUCCACGAGAGUAACUGGCGCCAUCUUCUUCGUAGCGAAUUUAACCUCCCCAAAGUCGGAUCUCGUUUUCGGCUUCGUUGUUAGUUUACGCAAAUCUUCGAAAAGCAGAAGUUAUAGAAAAAGACCUCAUUUAGCCGUCAAGAUGAGCUUUCGCUGAUAGUCGGCGUGGAACAUCACGAUUUUAUGCUUUCAAUGCCCUCCUUUGUUUGCACAUCGCUCGCGGUGAAGUGAAAGCGUUUAUUUCGAAGGCGAGUCCCUUCAACGGACGAGAAACAGCUCAGCUGAGGGUGUAGAGGAUCCGCUACCUACGAAUUGUUUAGAGGAAUACCAAGCGAUUCUGUUUGCGUUUCGAAAGGAGGGUUCCAGACUAGCCUUAAGUGGUUUUGCGUGGAGUGAACUUUGAGAAAUUCAACAUCUCAAGUUAUCCGGUACGCCAUUAUUGGUUGGCCAUUGUUCGCGAAACCGGAUUUAGUUCGUGCCUGUGCCGCGUUGGUAUGAAAACAAUUGAGUUGAAAACGAAAGGAGUUCCGAAAUAAAUCUCGGAGGAAAGUGUCAGAGAACUCAAACAAGGACAUUUUCGUCAAGAGGGGAGUGUUUCGUUUUAGUUUCAGUGACAUUACGGCACAGCAUAGUCGCCCAACGCUGUCGUGUUCGUUGUCGCCAUUUUAACGAACUACCUUGGUGUGGUCAGAUUGCUUCGUAGUUCACUGGAUUUCAAGAUUUGUAGCUUCGCUUUACGUAAAAAGAGGCGUCCUCCGUUCGUGAGUGAAAAUAAGCGAAUCUCAAGACGGAAAAUCGAAAUUGUGCAAGGGAAAUUAGAAGACUUCAGUUUGAGAACUUUCGAUUGAUCGUGACGCGCCGGCUUUCUUUAUAGGGAAAGCAUACCACGAAAACGUCAUUCACGAAAGAAUUAUUCAUAUUCACGAAAACGUCGUGUUAAGAUUUGUCUCUUAGCGAACUAUGUUUUAAUGUUUUGAACGAACCAUGGUGAACAUUAGAGAACUGAUCGACAAUCUUCGGGCGACCAAGCCGCCGUAUGAAUGUCCUUUGUGUCAGAAGAUAUACAAGAGUUACAGUGGAAUAGAAUAUCAUUUGCGUGUUUUUAAACACGAUGGCAUGGAAGUUGUGGGAGCAACGCCAACAUCUUCGAAAAAAGGAAAAGGCCGAGGAAGAAAGAGCGUUAAAAAUAAGAAACCACCGCCAUCUCCGCCAACGGUGAGUGUUCCCAGAGAGACGCUAACUUAUGCUCAAGCGCAGAAAAUUGUUGAAGUGGAAAUAGAAGGUUUUCCUCAUAGAAUCCAUAUAAAUGAUCAAUUAGAUGUUCUGGACAGCGAAGAAAUUUCCACGCCGGAGCCAGAAAAACCAGUGGAAACUUUUGAGACGAUGAUGAUCAAGCCGCUAACUGAUACAAAAUCGAAGAAUGAACAAUCCGGCGAAAACAACAACAAAGCGAGCUUGCCGCUAGCGGAGUACAGCGAGAAGUUGGAAUCGGGUUUUCGGCAGCCCGAUGCACCGGUUAGGUCGACCACUUACUUUCGAUUUAUCGAGCAAACCACUGAAGAAUUGGACGAAAUGGUAGAAUACGACAUGGACGAGGAGGAUUAUAUUUGGUUAGAUACUAUAAAUGAUAAGCGAAAGAGCGAAGGAAUUGCGCCGGUUUCUCAAGAAGUGUUCGAAACUCUGAUGGACAGACUGGAGAAAGAGUCUUACUUUGAGAGCCAAACGAACUGCGACCCAAACCAGUACAUCGAUGAAGAUGCAGUUUGUUGUAUUUGUAACGACGGCGAGUGUCAAAAUAGUAACGCAAUCUUGUUUUGUGACAUGUGUAAUCUGGCUGUCCAUCAAGAGUGUUAUGGUGUACCAUACAUUCCCGAGGGACAGUGGCUUUGUCGUCGAUGUCUUCAGUCACCGUCCAGAGCAGUGGACUGUGUCCUGUGUCCAAACAAAACUGGUGCUUUUAAACAGACAGAUACUGGCAAGUGGGGGCAUGUUGUGUGUGCAUUGUGGAUUCCAGAGGUGUGCUUUGCAAACACAGUAUUUCUGGAACCUAUUGACUCCAUUGAAAACAUUCCUCAAGCAAGGUGGAAACUCACUUGCUACAUCUGUAAGCGUAGGCAUGGCGCAUGCAUCCAGUGUUUCAAGACGAACUGUUAUACGGCAUUUCAUGUCACUUGUGCACAGCAAGCAGGCUUGUACAUGAAGAUUGAACCUGUAAAAGGUGAAAAUGGACAGAUGACUGUGCGUAAGACUGCUUUUUGUGAUGUUCACACACCGUCUGACUCGGAAGCAGGUAAAGAGGAAGAAAACAGCGAAGAAGAAGUUAAGGAAAAAACUAAUGUUUCUAAGAGCAAGACUCCGAGUAAAACAACAAGCAAGACUCCAGCAAAAGCAAGCAGUAAGUCUGCAAAAUCUACCAAGUCCAAACGUAGUAUCAAGAAGUUUCGGAAACUUUUGGCAGAGAAGAAAACAACUGCAGUUCCAAUUGUUAACAUUCCAUUUAUCCCUGCUCAUCGGCUGAGUAAGAUUGUGGGUCGUGUAGCAAUAGGACGCAAAGCUCAGUUUAUUCAGAGCCUUCAGAGUUACUGGAUGCUAAAGCGACAGUCGAGAAAUGGAGUUCCAUUGUUGAGAAGACUUCAGGCCAGCCACCAGAGCCAAAAAGCUGGUGCUGAUGAGUCAAGUGAGAGAUCGCUGAGGAUCAAGGCAAUGAAGGAGCAGCUGCAUUUCUGGCAACGUCUGCGGCAUGAUCUGGAGAGGGCUCGUCUGUUGGUGGAACUGAUCAGAAAGAGAGAGAAGCUUAAACGAGAACAGGUGAAGGUGAAACAACAUGUUGUGGACCUGCAGCUGCAGCCACUCAACAUUGUUCUCAGGAAAACCCUUGAUCUUCUGCAGACCAAAGACCCUGGCGAGAUCUUUGCUGAACCUGUUGAUACUGAUGAGGUUACUGACUAUCUUGAUGUUAUUGAUGAACCCAUGGAUUUCUCAACGAUAUCGAGGCGCAUUGAAGACAAUCACUACACAGCUAUGGAGCAGUUUGAGCAUGAUUUCAACCUGAUCAUUAGCAACUGUCUGAGGUACAAUGCACCAGACACCAUCUACUACCGGGCAGCACUCAAACUGCGAGACCAGGGACGUCCCAUUGUGCGUGCAGCCAGGCGGCAGGUGGAACGUGCUGGUAUUGACCCAGUCACUGGGCUACACACUGAGGAACCUCCUACACUUGCCGACAGGGAGCCAACUGAGGAAGAUUUUAUCCUGACAGACGAACAAAGAAGAGACAUGACACUAGAAGAACAAUUGAAAGAUCUACAGGAAAAACUGGACAUGACCCAGGCUAUAAAACAUGGAGGCGUGAGAGCGACACGAGUUAGAAUGCUGCGUAAAGAGAUCGCACUUGUCAGAAGAAAACUGAACCAGGAAAAGAGACAACUCUCAGAAUCGAGUGUUGGUGGUAUGGACGGAUCUAGCCUCGGUGAACCUUGUCUGUCACCACUGGAUGGCGAGCACCCGCUGAAGAAGUUCAAGCCCAUUGAUGAGAACGAAGCACUGAAUGGCGAGCCACUUCCGACCAAGAGCUUGGACACUGAAGACAAUCGGUUAACAGGGGAGAGCCUGUUGAACAGCAGGGCUACAGCGAACCCCAGUCCUGGAACCAGCCGACGAAGCGGUAUCCUGUUCAAUAAAGGAAGGCACCGAGCUAGGCGGAACCUGUCAGCAGGCGCGGAUAAGUUCCCGUUUGACAUCCUACCAACUGCAAACCAUGUGUUGAAAACACCGGAGAGUGAGAGAACAUUUGAUCCAGUCAGCACCGAGUGUCAGGUCACAGAAAAUCUACACACGGACGAAGCUGGAGACGAUGAUGUGGUGUUCGAGGAGAGGCAUCAGCCAGCGCCAAAAGAGGACAAGAAAGCACAGAAGCGGCCAUGUAAUGACAGCUUAGGCACCAAUGAUACGUGUUAUGUCCCGAAGAAGACUUACAAAACCGAGCUGGGCAAGUUGAUCGAAGAUGCGACGAUGCUUCCUAUGUUCGAUUCACACUCGUCUGACAGAGUCAACAAUCACUUCGCGUACACGAAUGGUUUACGGCAGCGUACGUAUCGCUCGUACACCAGCGGUUCAGAAUCAGACAUCAGUGAUAUCCGAAUGAACGGCACUCGUGCGUCCCGAGAACUCUGUCGGAAACUAUCGGCGCUGUCCGAAGACGAACUUAGCACGACGGACACGGAAAACAGUUCGGCUGAAAAUCGAGUGAUGAAUGGACCAGUGGAUGGAAAGAGGAAGAAGAAAUCGGCACCAAGGCCUCGGAAAACAACCACCUCUGAUUCAGAGAUGGCCGACCUUCCUCCCUUACAGCCAUUAGAUUUGGUUUGGGCAAAAUGCCGAGGAUAUCCCUCUUAUCCAGCCUUGAUCAUAAAUCCUCGAACGAAGAAAGGUUUCCUUCACCGUGGCGUCCCCAUCCCUGUCCCCCCUGAGGAUGUUUUGAAGGAGCGGGCCAUUACAGAAGAACAUCUUUACCUUGUACUGUUCUUUGACACAAGACGAACUUGGCAAUGGCUUCCUCGACACAAACUCGAACCGUUGGGACAGCACGAAGAACGAGACGAGAACAAGUUGCAGGAGGGUCGCAAAACAUCCAUGAGAAAAUCAGUGAUGAUGGCUUACGAACGCGCUAUUAUCCACAGGGACCAAGUAGAGAGGGGUGGAUCCCGAGACUCCGACGACGACGAAGACGACGAUGAUUACGACGACGACAAUGCCGACGACGAUGAUGACGUGGAUGGACGAGUGAACGAGAACGGCAACGAUGCAGAGGACGAUGAAGAAAGCGAUAAUGACGAUGAUGGUAAUGACGAGCAUGAUCCAUUGGAGGAAAAUGGAUUUGUUUAGAGAUGUUUUUAUCGCAAGAACUGUAGCCAAACCUUGCGUGAUGUUAGUUUAAUGGUUUCUUAGCUUCUCCAAUUUGAUUCAACUCCCAUCGGACCAAAAAAAUACACUAUCAAAAAUUCAAUGAAGUUGUGGAGCUACUAACAAACAGAAUUUGAUACUUUGUAAAUUUUGCAUGAAGCAAUUUCACAUUCUUGUCCAGAGUCCGCGAUCUUUUUGCUCAGGACCAAGAAUAGCGACCUUUGGCCGGAGCUAAUUUUUCGAACUUUGUUUUCUCAUGUUUUUUCUCUUUGGUGUAUCAGCCAGAUACAUUUCAAGAAUACUAGAUGAUGGCCAGAGGUCACGAGUGUUGGUGCCGACCAAAACGAUUGCGGUCUCUAGAGAAGGGAUCUUACGCUACGUUCAUUAACUAACGAUUUUAUGCCACACAAUGAAACUGUCCAUGAAUCUGGCGUACUUUCUGACAUUUUUACUCUUCAGUCCGAUGUAAAGUUAAUAAAAUUAGCACGAAGGCAAAAGGGUUUUUCGAAAUUAAAAAUGUUCGCAACCUCAAGCAGUUAGACAGUGGAAUAGUGUUUUUAAAAUGUUGCACAUUAAAUAUGAACUGUACAAUUGUAUUUAUAUCUAGAAGAAAGAAAUCGAUAUGUAAAUCCUGUGCUAUUUUUUUUUCCGAGACAUGUCUGUUUUUUCAACAAAUCGAGUGACGCCCGCGGAAAUAAUUCUGUGUUUUGUAUAUUUCUCUCUCCAUUCUUAUGUGUUGUUUGUCCUGUAAAUUGUUGCAGCCCAGGGUCAAUAAACUCGUCUAUUCUGACAUUGUUG